CUCCUCUGUCCCAAAGCAGAACAUGGAGAUAAUGAGAGCUGAGUCCUGAGAGGAGGGCCCAACAGCCCCCCAGCGCCAUGUGUGUCAUUUUUUAGUUUUGUGUGUUGCUGUAAUUGUUGCUGUAGGUUUAGGGAGCUUCUUGUUUCUGUUUAAUCAGUCUGUGCUGCUAUGCUGCUGGACUGAGGGGCUUCAAGAUGCCCCCCGGAAACACCUGUCAUGUCUAACGGUUACCGUACUCUAUCGCAGCACCUCAAUGACCUAAAGAAGGAGAACUUCAGCCUCAAGCUCCGCAUCUACUUUCUGGAGGAGCGGAUUCAGCAGAAGUAUGAGGACAGCAGCGAGGAUGUCUACAGGCGGAACAUCGAAUUGAAAGUAGAGGUGGAAAGCUUGAAGCAGGAGCUACAGGAGAAACAACAGCUCCUUGACACAGCUUUGACAACAGCUGAGAGUCUGACCAAUCAGAAUGAGGCAGAGCUGCAACGACGAUGUGAGGAGAGACAGCAGGAGAUCGAUCACAUGCAGGAGAUACUGGAGACCAAAAUUCAGCUUUUGCAGGAGGAAGCCAAGCUAGCCCGGAAUGAGGCUGAGAAAAUGGCAUCUCAUGCGGAGGCUGAAACCCUGCGCUGCUUCACCUUGGAGAAGAGACUGAAGGAGAGCUCCGAGGGCAGUGCCAGCCUCACCAGCCUCCGCCAUCAGCAAGCCCUGGCUGAGAAAGACAGAAUUAUUGAUGAACUGACUCAAGAACUUCGCUGCAAAGUGGCUGCCAUCACUGAGCUGUCUGAUGAGAAGACUCUUCUGAGCGAGAAAGUGGAAGCUCUGGAGGACCAGGUCCAUGAUCUGACUUCCUCCCUGCAGCAGAAGGAGAGAGAUGCUGAGUUUUUCCAGGACGAGCUUGGCCGGGAGAAACUGCGGAUUCAGCAGGAGAUGCAGGGGGCGCCCAUGCUGGAUUCCAGGAUGAAGGACGCUUGCCGGAUCUGCGCCCGGGAGCUCUGCGGCAACCAGCGCCGCUGGAUCUUCCACACGGCCUCCAAGCUCAACCUGCAGGUGCUGCUGUCCCACGUGCUGGGCCGGGAGCUGACCCGGGACGGCAAGCGCGAGUUCGCCUGCAGCAAGUGCGCCUUCAUGCUGGACCGCGUGUACCGCUUCGACACGGUGAUCGCGCGGAUCGAGGCGCUGUCCAUCGAGCGGCUGCAGCGGCUGCUGCAGGAGAAGGAGCGGCUUAGGCAGUGCAUCGGGAGCCUGUACCGCAGGACCAACGGCGACGAGGCGGGCCCGGAGGGCAAGGCCGGAGACGGCACGGUGGACAUCUCCGGCUUGCCUGACCUCCGGUACAGCGCUCUGCUCCAGGAGGACUUCGCCUAUUCGGGCUAUGAAUCCUGGGCCGAGCUCGAGGAGCAAACGGCGGACCCUCACCACCACUGCCACGCCUCCGAGAUCUCCGUCCACCGCUCGAGGAGGUGCCGCGGUUGCGCGGCUCUGCGCGUCGCCGACUCGGACUACGAAGCCGUCUGCAAGGUGCCCAGGAAGCUGGCCCGGAGCAUCUCCUGCGGGCCUUCCACGCGGUACUCGGCCAGCGUCGUGAGCAGCGUGUGCGGAGAGGAGCCGGCGGCCGUCGCCACCGUGCCCGAGUCGGUGGGCGAGACGAGCGGGGAAGACGCGGACGUUUCGGAGAGAAUGAGUCCCGGCUCGUCGGUGGAGUCCCUGGACACGGCUGUUGAGAUGGGGCAGCCCGCCGCCAAGGACGAAGAGGCAGAGAGAGAGAUGAGAGAGGACCAGAAGUUUGAUUCCUGGCCGGAAGAGGCCCCGCAGCAGCUAAAUAUGGCCGCGCAGGCCAACAGGCUGGACUUGGCUCUCAGCCUGGUGAAAAACGUUGAGUACAGGCCCAUCCAGAGCCCACGGGGAAGCAAACUGCCAGUCCUGGUUAAAUCUGUUCCCCCAGGACCUAACAGCAAAAUGGCCUUUGCCGACUUGACACUCAGGACACCUUACGGCACUGGCUCCGAAUUUCCCGCCAAAUUUCAAGAGAUGGUGCCUCCCAGAAUUCAGCAGGACAUGCACUUGGAGCUGUCCGAACUAGAGGAGCUCUGGCAGGAUGUCUAUGAGGAGUACAUGCCCUUUAGCUUUCAGAACCUGAUUGAGGAGCAGCAGAGCCAGUUGAACCAGUAUGAGUGUGCAGCCGGGCAGUGUGUCACUGAGCUGCAGAAAGCACAGCUUCAGGUGCAGUCCCUGCAGAUCAAGAUCCAUGAUACUGAAGCCACAAACAAGAAGCUGCAGGAGAAGUUGCGCGAGAUGGAAUCUGAGCUCCGGGCCAUCAAGCAGGCAGCCCAGAAACAGGAGCGCACCAUCCAGGGGCUGAGUGAGACCGUGACUUCCAAGGACACUGAGGCAGAGGAACUGUAUCGAGUCAUUGAAGGGCAGAACGACACUCUCUGUAAACUUAGAGACAUGGCCCAUCGCAACCAGCUUCAGCAGGUGCAGGUGUCCCAGGAAGAGCUGGGUCCUGCCCAGCUCCCACCACUUCAAGCCGAGCUCCUCAACCUGCAGAACUCUCUGUUCUCCACCCAGCUGGAGCUGCAGAGCUCCCAGCGAGCCCACAGGCACAGCGAGCGCCGGGCCUCCGACCUGGCCCGCUCCCGCGACCGCCUGCAGAGUGACCUGCAGGAGGCGCUACAGCACCGGGAGGCUACAGAACAACACAACCAGGAGCUACGCAGUGCUCUCCAACAAGCCCGGACAGAGCUGCAGGCGAGGGACAGGCUGCUGAAGGAGAAGGAGGCAGAGAAACAGAUGGAGAUUGAGGCGCGGGAGAAAACCAUCCAACAGCUGCAAGUCUCUCUGCAGGAGAAAGAGCAGCUCAUUCAGGAAUACGUGGAGCACCUGGACUAUCAGCAGGACUCAGGCGAGAGUCGAGACGCCCUGCUGGACAAACUGAGGGAGCGCAUCAAGGACCGGGACAGGGCCUUGGAGCGCGCCAUCGAUGAGAAGUUUCGCUGUCUGGAGGAGAAGGAGAGCGAGGUGCGGAGGCUCCAGCUGACCCUGAGGGAGAAGGAGAGGGACCUGGAGAGACUGCGCUGCAUCUUGUCCAACAACGAAGAGACGAUCACUAGUCUGGAUGGGAUGCUGAGGGUGAAGGCCUUGGAGCUGGAACAGGUCUCUCUCUCCGGCAAGAACCUGCAGUGGCUGAAACAGGAGGCAGAAGACAAACACAGCCAGAGCCUGAGGGAGAGGGAUGCCAUUAUCAGCCAACUGCAGACCUCCUUGCACAGCCGCACCAAGGAAGCAGAGGAGCUAACAGCAGCGCUGCUCGACAGAGUGUCGGUGGGAGGCAGCCAGCUGGCAGAGGAGCUCAGACUCCGGCUGCAGCUGAAGGAGCGCCUGCUCCAGGAAGCUCUUGCGGACCGCGGCCGGCAGGCCAGCGAGCACGACAGGGAGGUCCAGGAGCUGCUCGACACCGUCAGCACCAGGGAUCAGCAGAACAGGGAGACGGUGGGGCAGCUGAGCCGAGUGAUCGGCGAGCGGGCGGCGGAACUGCAGGAGCUGCGCAGACAGCUGCACGCCAGGGAGAGGGAGGUGAGCGAGCUGGCCCGGGAGAGAGAGCAGCACGGCGGGGGGCCCCGCAACGAGAUCGGCCGCCUCAAGAGCCUGCUGCAGGAGAAGGACGCUUUCAUUGAGGAGCUAAUGCAGUGUGGUCCACACGGCCACGACGAGCCCAUGAUUACAUCCAAGCCUGGAGAAACAGUACCUGACUGCGGAGAAGAGGGGCGGGGUGAAGAUGCCAGCGGGCUCCAGAUGGACAUGCAGGCCAUGCAGGAUGACCUCCAGCUGGUCCUGAGGAAGGAGCAGGAGGCCCAGCAAGAACUGUCUUCUUUGCAGUCUGUCCUGACCAAGCAGAGGGAAGAAAUUCAGAUUCAAGCCGCUAAUAUUGAAUCCCUUACCAGGAGCUUGCAGAUCAAGGACGGGCUCAUCAAGGACCUGCAUAGUCGGCUGGUGGAGCCCUCAGGCCUGCCUGUGGCAGAACAACGCACCCAGGAGCUACAGGAAGUAAGAGGGCCCAUUAAUCUGCUGGAAGCACAGGACAAAGUUAGCAUUGACCACCAGGAUGUUCUGGGUCAGCUUGUUUUGGAGUACAAGAAACUGAAUGAAGCUCUGAAAGCAGAGAAGGAGCUAUACCACAGUCUGGCCCAGCUGCACACCCAUGGUGACAGCUCUGAGAAGAGUCAAGCCCUCCAGGGGGAGCUGGACACAAUUCAGGCACUCCGUGGACAGCUGGAGGAGGCCCUGGCAAGGACCCGAGAUGGAGCUUUGAGGCUGGAAAGGGCAGCUAUGACUCAGCCUGAUUUUGGAGAGGUCAGCGCGGAGGAGGAUGAGGAUGAUGAUGAUGAGGAUGGCAGUAGUGAAUUCACAGACAGCAUUGAGGAGGACGAGAACUCGAAACUGACAGCUCUGACUAUGGCCACCAAAGAGAUUUACAGCCAUUUUUUCCCUGAAGUGUUUGCUGAUCCUCUAACCAGGCUUGUUCCCUGUACAGAGUAUGAGGAUCUGGAUGUGCAUGGAGCUGCGUACGGCCUGGCACCUCAGCCCCUGCUCUCCAGCCUGAAGGCGUGGCCGGCGGACGCAGGGGAGCUGGGCAAGUGCGACGAUGUGGCGGCUCUGCAGCAGCACAUCCAAGACCUGCGCGCCCAGCUGCGGCGCUCGGAGAAGCUCAUCCGCAACCUGCAGCGGCGCGCCCGCUCCUUCUCCACCACCAGCGACUACGCCUCCAGCCUGGAGCGCCCCCGCAAGGUCAACUGGAACUUCCAGGCCGCCGCCGCCUCCCCCACCCCCAGCGGCGCGGAGGAAGACGAGGGGUGGCAGUCCGACGGGGUGGCGGGCGUGCCGGCGCCGCGGCCGAACAAGGAGCUGCAGGAGCUGGUGGCACGUGUGGCAUCGCUGGAGGCGCAGCUCAAGAGCUCCAGGAUGGAGGGCAAAGCUUCCAGCGAAGAUCUCAAGUCUGCCACCUGGCCAGGGAAGUAUGAUUCCCUGAUUCAAGCGCAGGCCCGUGAGCUUUCCCACCUGAGGCAGAAGAUGCGAGUUGGACGUGGCGUCUGUCACAUCCUGUCCCAGCACUUGGGUGACACCACCAAGUCCUUUGAAGAGCUGCUCCGUGCCAACGACAUUGACUACUACAUGGGCCAGAGCUUCAGAGAGCAGCUGGCACAGAGCUUGGCACUGGCAGAGAGGGUCAACAGCAACCUCAGUGACCCGGGCUGGCUGACUGAGGGGGUGGGACGGAAGAAGGAGGCUGGAGUGAAGCUGAGGAGGGAGGAGCGGCAGAUCCCCGAGGAAGAGGCCGCGUGUGGCCCUGAACCGCCUGGGCCCGUGGCCGGAGAGGGAGAGCUGGGACUGGCGCAGGGGAAGAGAUGUGCACCGGCUAUGCAUUACAGGGAGGGCCAAGGAAAGAGAAGAUGCACCCGGCCUCAGUCUUUGGACCUGGGAGCCCUGCUGUCCCAGGACACUGACUCUGCCUCUUCCUCACAGCCAACACAGCUGAGCCCUGGCCAUUUCUGGGAGCAUGUGGAGGUCAGCCUUCGAGAACAGAGCGAGAAGCUGCGCUCUGACCUGGCCUUGAGUCUCCAGGACAACAGGGAGCUACAGGAGAGGCUGAUGGUAUCCGAGGCAACAGUGCAGGCCCAGGCUGAGCAGCUCAAGGAGUAUCGAGUCCUUCUCUUGCCGGCGCCGCGGCCGAACAAGGAGCUGCAGGAGCUGGUGGCACGUGUGGCAUCGCUGGAGGCGCAGCUCAAGAGCUCCAGGAUGGAGGGCAAAGCUUCCAGCGAAGAUCUCAAGUCUGCCACCUGGCCAGGGAAGUAUGAUUCCCUGAUUCAAGCGCAGGCCCGUGAGCUUUCCCACCUGAGGCAGAAGAUGCGAGUUGGACGUGGCGUCUGUCACAUCCUGUCCCAGCACUUGGGUGACACCACCAAGUCCUUUGAAGAGCUGCUCCGUGCCAACGACAUUGACUACUACAUGGGCCAGAGCUUCAGAGAGCAGCUGGCACAGAGCUUGGCACUGGCAGAGAGGGUCAACAGCAACCUCAGUGACCGAGAUCGGCCCGAAGUUGACGACAAGACAGGACACGAGUUGCUCGCUCUCAGGCUUAGUAAAGAGCUCCAGCAGAAGGAUAAGAUCAUUGACUCGCUCCGCUCCAAGUUACAGCAGCGUUCUGACACACCCUCCAGUAGCCAUGCCCUGUCUGAGACCACCGACCAAUCAGACAGGACCUCCUUUGUAUCAGAUGACCAUGCUUCUACCAAUGAGGAGCUUGAGCUGUGCUCCGAUAUGGACGCUGCCAGCGAGUAUACACAGGAGGAGGCCACAGGCAGAGGGAGCCCUGGACAGGCCAUCACAGAUCCUCACAGUCACAGUGGCACUCCACCACAACACCCAUCUGUCCAAUCAUCCACCACUGCCUCCCAUGGGGCUCAGUCAUCAAACAACAAUCCCAUCAUCCCAUGCACACAGCAUAAGCCCAUGGAUCUCAACCAGGCACAGACAGGCCUCUAUUCUAGCCCCCUGUCCAGUGCUGCCCCCUUUCCUCAGCCUCACUACUGCCCUGACCCCUCAGGUCCACCCGGCUCCUUGCCCUUUGACCCCCAACCUCUAAUCCUUGGCCCUAGUUACCAUGGCGGUGCCCCAUUCUCCUUGGCCGAGGUGCACCAGGAGCUGCAAAUGCUACAGAGACAGCUGGGAGAAAGCUAUGCUGUCCCUCACAUCAAACCGAUGGCCAGCUUCCCCUUGGCUAGCCACUCCCAGCCCGAGUCCUCCAGUUUCGCCCCCCUGACGCGCCACGCCUUCCACCAGUCCCUGCUCGGCUGCCCCGCUAACGCAAACGGUGCCCUCAAGACACAGGCAGGCCUGCUGGACGCCGGCGCGAUGUGGGAUAUGAGCCACCUGGCCAGACCGGGCAGAGCCAGCAAUUACGGAGACGUGUCGUCGGGAUCGUCGGGCUAUCAGUCGGGCACCGGUCACACAGGAGCUGAUCUGAUUGAGGAGCACCUCGGUGAGAUCCGCAGCCUGCAGCAGCGUCUCGAGGACUCGAUCUGCACUAAUAACCGUCUGAGACAGCAGCUGGAGGAGAGGCUGGCUACAGCAGGGAGGGACAGUGGGCCUCCUACUAACAUCUACAUCCAGGGGCUGGAAUCCGUGAGUCAGCUGUCCAAUGAGAACCGAGCCCUGAGAGAAGAGAACCUAGGUCUUCAGGCCCGACUGAACCAAGCCAGCAGAGAGAGCUCCGCGGAGAUGGAAGAGCUGCGGGAGGCGGUGCUGGCGGGGAGGGCGCGGCUCAAGGAGGCGGAGCUGGAGGCGGAGCAGUGGCGGGAGGAGAGCCGGCAGCUGCAGGCGCAGAGCUGCGAGCAGCAGCAGGAGAUCCAGCAGCUCCGCCAGGAGAAACAGGCCAGCCAGGAGCGCAACAACGGGCUGCAGCACGAGGUGAACCUGCAGCAGCAGCAGCUGGACGACAGCCGUCAGCUGCUCCACUCCCUCCAGUGUGAGCUGCAGGUGUACGACAGGGUGUGCCGGGCUGGCCAGUCCCCUCACUCAGCGUACAGAGGGGGGGCGGCCACGGCCUUGGAGCUGAACGAGCUGCUGGCGGAGGUCCGCGGCCUGCGGGUGCAGCUGGAGCACAGCAUCCAGGAGAACAGCUGCCUGAGGGAACAGCUGGAGCAGCAGCUGGGUCGGAGCUUGGCCACUCACCGCGCCCCCCGGCCCUCCUCCAUCUCGAUCACCACCCCCAGGGACACGGGCUGCAAGAGGCAGCUCUUCCAGGAUCCAGUGCCAUCGCCACCAGUCAGAGACACUGGGAUGUUUAACCCAGGAUCCCCAUUCACCUUGUUCUCCAAAUCUACAGAUCUGGAUGAUCCUGACGUUACAGGGAGUGGGGUCGACAUCUUGCAGCCCAACACGGUCUUGGAAGGAGAGGCACCAGACGGUUCGUUUGCCAAUAAGAACGGGCGCCAUGCCAUCGGCCACGUGGAUGAUUUCAGCGCCCUGCAGCAGCAGAUCCUGGAAGGGAAAAUGCUGGUUCACAAGAUGGAGGCAGUGCUGCAGUCAUCCCUCAGUGCUGCGGUCAAUACAGGCCAGAGUCUAGACUGCAGCAGUGUGAAGACGCUCCUUUCCAAUACGAAGACCUUGCGGCAGAUCCUGGAUGAAGCCGCCUCCCUCCUCAAGAUGUUCUGGAGGGCUGCCCUGCCCAGUGGCGAGAGCUGUGCCCAGCACAUCAAAAAGGAACAAUCCAUGACAGAGGAGAUCCAGAAGCUGCAACGGAAGAUCACAGAACAGGAGGGUCUGCUGCAGAGCACCAUCGAGAGGCUGAAGAACACCAACCGCACCAAGGAAAGCAUGGAGCACUUCAUUGUCAGCCAGUUAUCCAGGACACGUGAUGUACUGAAAAAGGCAAGAACGAAUCUGGAGAAGAAUGAGUACCAGAUUUCCUCUCUAAGCUCCUACUCUCCCUGUGCCGGUAAAGCUGCAAUCCCAAGAUGCCCCCGUGAGCCCUCUUCUGAUUGGGGUUUCCUGAGCUCCCGCAAGCAGGAGCCAGCGAGAAAGAGAACCAGCCAUCGGCCAACAAAGACAAGAAAUGCCCAGUGUUUGCUUCAGGUUGUCACCUAUUAAAUUAUUCCAGCCUCAGGACAACAUCUCCUCUCCUCCAACCAGUAUAAUGCCAUUGCCCUGAGCAUAAAGGUGGAUAUUUUGGGUUAUACACCUUACUGAAGACUAAAAGACUGAUAAAAGAUGUUAUCUUUGGUUUUCUUAAAGGUAACCACAGAAUCCGUAUUAUACCAUGAUUAGUGUGGCCUUGCAAAAAUCAGAAGGAUGUUUUCAAUGAUGGAGUUUCUUUGUAAGGAGAGGACAAGUCCAGACUGCUGUGGGUUACCUUCUUGUUUUUUGUGCAGUCUGUGGACGGUUAUUGUAGUUGCAUGUUUUAGUACCGCUUGUUAAAAAAAAAAAGCCAUAAGUGAAAUAUUAACUCACUCGCAAGCUUCCUUCUGUUUUGCCAGCACAUUGAUAGCUGACAGUUUAAAUAAGUAAACAAGGCAUUUAACAUCCACCAUCUCUCAAAAUGAAAAACCUGCUCUGAAAAGCAUCUGUUGAACACCUGGAGCAAAUGGAGCAGAGUUACAAUUAAGGCUAAUCUUUUUUUUUUAAUUUAAGCAUAACAUGUUUGUGUGAUUGUGAAACCAUAUAGAAAUGAUUUCAUAACCCUUCAUAAGUAUUACGUAUUACUCAAAAAACAGUGUGACAUUACAGUAGCUCUAGUUAAAAUCAUUCUAUGAGCAUGUGCAAUAAGGCUGUUCACUGACUGCUGCAGCAACAGCUUUGCCUGACACUGGAACCAAGUAUUUAUUCUAUAAGGCUAAGACCGUCAGUGCAAUAUUAGUAUAAUGACUACUGACUGAUCUGGUAUAUAGUUUUAGCAGUAUAACAUGGGGAGUAUAGGUAACAAAUCCCCUGUCAGUGGCAAAUAUUACUAAUACUGCCAAAGUUUGACCUGCUGAUUUCUUGUUGCCUUAUUUAUACAUGAGAAUGAAAUAAGGCCAGAGACUAAAUAAAACUAUCUUUAACAGAGCAAUGAACAUGUGUUUUAUGGCUGUCUUCAGACAGCUCUUUGAAAAAGGAAAUGGUAACCGUUAGGCUUUUGGUCCAGUUAAUUAUUUUUGUAUGUAUUGUGCAUUGUUUAGCACUUUCAAAAUUAGUGGACCAAACUUCAUUAAAAAUAGGUUUACAGUUCUAGAUUCUACUGAUUGGAGUCUCCGUAACAUGACGGUAAACGUUAAAGUUUUAAAUUUAAAUGCAAUUAGGCACAUUUCGGCUUAUGUUCCUACCAAAGUAUAUACGGUAUUUCCCAUGCAGUGUCAAUUCAUUUUUUCUGGAUAUAAUCAAAAAGACACAAACUUUGGCAGGACUUGGUAAAACCCCUCUAUGUAAUGUGAAAAUGAGUAGCACAUACAAAGGUGUUUAACUGCAUUUUUAUGUAUCCCGGUGUAGUUUGCGUUUGCUGUAUAUUUUGCAAUUUGUAGCUGUAUAUAACCUGCUUCCAACUGUUAUUUUUGUGUGUAGUAUAAUAUUGCUAAUACAAGCAAAAUCAAAUACCAGGGUAGCUGUGCAAUAGCUAUGUUCCCCCUGUACUUUAGCUUUUUAAGUGCCAUAAGUUUUCUGCUUCUUGUACAGUGGUCCUUGAGUUGGAUUUGUUUAAACACAUUUAUGGAUGCCUCCACAGCAUAUUCAUUAAUGUAUAAAUGCCUUUUCCUUUUUGUUUUAGUGGAAAACCUCACUGUUUUAGUUCAGCCUGCCACUGUGUGGUGCUCUUGAUGUUAUCGCUUUAAUAUUCUUGCCAUGAAACUGACAGCAUGUGGUAGCUACAAAGAUAAGCUAAGCAUUGGACUAAAGGACCUUUGUUUACACGCUAUACCUCGGAUGCUUCAGUAGAUCACUGAUUACUGCGAUCGAAGCAUCAGCAGUGGGCUUCUUCACAGAUCCCCCAGGAGGAAAAUAGAUGAAUCUCUAAGCAAAUGGCUGUAAAUGAGCAAGCAUAAACAAAGCCUUUGUCCUUUAAGAGAAGAAGAGGAGGGGGGGGGGGAUUGAGUUUAUUUUGUAAAGCUUUGUUGUGUGGAUUUCAAGAGUGUCUGUAACAACCUUGUAUGAUAUGUAUAUACGGUUUGAAGAGUGGGUUUGUUAAGUGGAGUGUAUGAAAAGACGUUUUAAAGUGCAUCGACACAGGCCUGGCAGGCUCUGUUUCUGGAUCAAAGAUGUGUGUUCUGUAAUUCAAAAAUGUUUUUUGAAAGCUUUGGGUUAAGAGGAAUAAAAGCAGCAACUCUUCCUA